AGUCUAAUUUAAGGAUUCUUUUCCCAUUACUUUCUUUGAUACGAUCAUAACAUAAUAUUCUCACUUAGUCUAAUUUAAGAACUCUUGUUCUAUUCCUUUCUUUGCUAUGCUAAUAAUAUGGUCUCUCUGUGUGUUUAUUAUCUGUUCAUGAGAUCUCACACAAUGUUUUAACUGUUGAUGUUAAGUAUUGAUAUGUGUUCUUCUGAGAUGGGAUCAGUACAUCAUUGCAUAAACUUCUAUUCUUGCAAGAGUGUGGAGUUUGAUGAGGAUGUCUCAGAUGAGGAGAAGAAAUUUCGGUUUUUCUCAAAGCAAAGUAUACUGCCACCUUUGGGCUCCAGGUGCAAUCCUGAUGGGCAGACUAGUAAAUAUAUCAUUUCUCCACAUGCUCCUCGCUACAGAUGCUGGCAGACUUUUCUGGUUGUUUUGGUGGGAUAUUCAGCAUGGUUGUGCCCAUUUGAGCUUGCAUUCAUCAAUACUCCAGAGGGAGGACUUCUUAUUGCUGACACUAUUGUUGACACAUUCUUUGCUAUUGAUGUCAUUCUGACCUUCUUUGUAGCCUACAUAGAUGAUAAAACAAACAUGUUGAUACAGAAUCCAAAAAAAAUCUUUAUAAGGUAUAUUUCAACAUGGCUAAUACUAGAUGUGGUUUCCACAAUACCAUUGGAGGCUCUGAGUUAUCUCAUCAGAGGACAACAUGCAGGCUUCAGCUUAUCCUACAGUUUACUCAAUAUCCUACGCCUUGGGCGUCUAAGGAGAGUCAAGGCUCUUUUCACGAGGCUCGAAAAGGACAUAAGGUUUAGCUACUUUUGGAUCAGAUGUGCAAGGCUCGUCUGUGUAACCCUGUUUGCAGUACACUGUGCAGGAUGUUUGUAUUACCUAUUAGCAGACCGGUAUCCAGAGCGGAAUAACACAUGGAUUAGUUCCAUACUUCCAAACUUUGAACAACAAAGCUAUUCAAUUCGUUACAUUGCCUGCAUGUAUUGGUCAAUAACAACUUUAAGUACUGUUGGAUAUGGAGAUAUACAUGCAGUAAAUGCCAGGGAGAUGAUUUUCAUUAUAUUUUAUGUCUUGUUCAAUCUCGGCCUCACUGCUUACUUGAUUGGCAAUAUGACCAAUCUAGUCGUAGAAGGAACAAGUAGAACCAUGCAGUUUAGAAAAAGAAUACGUGCAGCAUCAAACUUUGUUCAUAGGAAUGAUCUUCCACCAAAACUCAAGGAACAGAUAUUGUCAUACAUGUGUCUCAAAUUCAGAGCAGAGGAGCUUCAGCAACAAAAGCUCAUGGAAGAACUUCCUAAGGCCAUUAGAACUAGCAUAUCAAGAAGGCUUUUUACACAGACUGUGGAAACUGUUUAUCUUUUUCAAGGAGUCUCACCUGAUUUCCUCUUGGAUUUGGUAGCAGAGAUGAAUGUGGAAUAUUUUCCUCCAAAAGAAGACAUUAUUCUACAGAAUGAAACACCUAGUGAUAUAUACAUACUAGUAUCAGGGGAAGUGGAAAUGUUGAUGGAUGAGAAUGAAACAGAACAUGUUGUACAAAGCUUAUGGUCAGCAGGAGAUAUGUUUGGUGAAAUAGGAGUUCUAUGUCAGAAGCCACAGAGUUUAACAAUGAGAACAAGGAAACUAUCUCAACUGUUAAGGCUGAGUGGAAGUGUUUUGCUAAAUAAAAUGCAAAUGCGAAAAGCAGAUGCUAAGAUCAUCCUCAACAAUUUUUUCUUUCAGUUUCUGCGCUUCAUUCAUUUCCAGCAUCCCAAGGGCCUAAAAGAUUCGGACAUCGAGGACCUGUCUUAUGAACUUCUGACGUCCCCAUACAGUGCAUUAACUUCAGCACUACCAGAAACUUUCAGCAAAACUCGCAACAGUAAUUUGCAGACAAAUAUUGAGGUUCCGACUCCUUAUAGAGUAAGAAUUUACAGGCAUCAUCCCAGCAAAAACAGAAGAGAGAGAGGCAAGCUGGUUAACUUGCCAAAGACAAUGGGCUAUCUUCUAAAAUUGGCUGGCCUGAAAUUUGGGUUUCAUCCUGUUAAAGUAUUCAAUGAAGAUGGCGCAGAGAUUGAGGACAUCAACGUAAUCAGGGAUAAUGACAUGCUAUUUCUUGUUGAUAGGGAAGAGCUUGAAGAAGCAUUCCAUAUGAAGUUCUUUUGAUAGUGUUUUCUCAUGGAAGAUUUUAUAUUAUCUACAAGGUCAUUUUGCUAUCUGAUACAGUAUCACAAGUCUUAGAUUGAAAUUUCUAAAACUGAAAGCCAAGAACUGAAAAGUAUCCAUUCUAACAAAAUUAUCUAAUACACUAUACUAAUAUCAUCCCUUAUGAAAGUUCAUUUCUACUAUAGAUUGAAAUUGUUAUAGGGAUAAUACCCAAAGACAAAAUGUUACAAAUCAGAGGAAAAAACACUGACAAAAGGCUCUUUGGUAUAUGAAAUUAACAUUGUAUAAAAGUACUAUAGAAGGCAACUGUUCUCAAAAGUUUUUAACAAUUGUUAUUAAAAUUGUAUAUUGCUCCUAAAGCAACCAUAAAUACAAUUAAGUUGUUGACUGCACUUAAAGAAAAGCACCCAACUUCAAAAGUCUUUCAGGCUCGUUCCUGAUCUGGUUCGUUGAGUAAUAUGGAAGAUGACAAUUUGAAGUGUGAGUGUCAAAUGUGUUAUACGUGAAGUGGUUUAUGUUAUUGCAUUUGAACAAGAAUCAGAGAACAUUAUCAAAGAGAAUAAGACGAAAUGAAAUUAGAAACAAAUAGACCCUUUAAGAUCUCCACAAAGACAUGAAUACAUUGGAACUGUACUGCCCAUUUUGUACAGGAAUCCCUGGAAAAAUCUUACACAAGUUCUUGUAUAGCUUGAUCCCUCGUUAUUAAAUGCUACAUAGCAUUAAUUUUUCAUGAAAGAAGCCAAUGUGACAAUACUACAGGAACAGAAACCAUGUGUAUUCUGUCGCUAUAAUGAGCAUUAGUGUUAAGCCUAGGAGUCGUCUUCAGGGGCUGAUGCUUAGCUGUUGUAAUGCCGGCGUCAAGUGACACUAGCUCGCAUGUUGGUUGUAGAAGCAGACUUGGGGUAGAAGAUUAUUGUGGUUGGGUUGCCCCAUGGAUCAGUCGAGCAUUCUUAAGAAGCAAUUACCUUAAUUGUGUUAAGUUGAAGAAAGUACUAUAUGAUAAACUUAUGCUGCCCUGUAGAUUAGUCAGCUCUUCAUGAGAAGCAAUGACUUCAAUUGUGCUAAGUUGAAGAAUCAAAUUUAAGUCCCAUGGAUCGGUGGACCCUGCUUGUAAAGUAAUGACCUCACUGUAUUCAGUUGAAAAAUCAGAUUAUAAUAUUGUGUUGUUCUAUGGA